GCGUGGCCUCGCGAGUCGCGAGCCCCAGACUCCACACCACACAGCCCCCCUUUCCCCUCCCCUCCACAGCCGUCGAAACCCUAGCCCCAAGGUUCCCCCACGCCUCGCGCUCGCCGUCGCCAUGGGCAAGAAGCGGAAGCUCGAUUCCAAAUCCCCCGCCGCCGCUAGGUCCGCAGCCGCCAGGGCCGCAGCAGCCGCAGCCGCCGCCGCCGCCGCCGCCGCCGUCGCCGAGCCCUCCUCCCAGCCCGAAGCCCUAGCCGAGGACCCGGCCCCCUCGUCGCAGCCCCUGGGCCUAUCCAGCGAGGGCGCGGGGGAGAGGAUGAUGUCCCGUGAGGCUGGCGGUGGCGAGGAAGAGGAGGUGGAGGAGGUCGAGGUGGAGGAGGAGGUGGAGGUCGACGAGGACGAGGAUGGGGAGGGGGAGGGGGAGGAGGAGGAGGAGGCGGCGGAGAGGGACGCCGACUCGAUCCAGGCGCUGCUGAAUUCGUUCCCCAAGGACCAGCUCGUUGAGCUGCUCAGCGCCGCGGCGCUCAGCCACGAGGACGUGCUCACGGCCGUCCACCGCGCGGCCGACGCCGACCCGGCGCUGCGGAAGAUCUUCGUCCACGGCCUCGGCUGGGACGCCACCGCGGAGACCCUCACCGAGGCGUUCAGCGCCUACGGCGAGAUCGAGGACCUCAGGGUCGUCACCGACCGCGCCACGGGCAAGUGCAAGGGCUACGGUUUCAUCCUCUUCAGCCGCCGGUCCGGCGCCCGCGCGGCGCUCCGUGAGCCCCAGAAGAAGAUUGGCAACCGCACCACGGCCUGCCAGCUCGCCUCUGUUGGUCCUGUGCCGCCGGGCGGCAUGGCCACUAACCCUGCCCCAGCGGUAGCCCCAGCCCCAGCGCAGCUGGCAUUGCCGCCAGUGUCGGAGUACACGCAGCGGAAAAUUUUUGUCAGCAAUGUCGGCGCAGACAUAGACCCGCAGAAACUGCUGCAGUUCUUUUCAAAGUAUGGUGAGAUUGAGGAGGGUCCUCUUGGGCUCGAUAAGGUUACCGGGAAGCCGAAGGGCUUUGCUCUAUUUGUCUACAAGACCCUCGAUAGUGCUAAGAAAGCGCUUCAGGAGCCACACAAGCAAUUCGAGGGGGUUGUGCUGCACUGCCAGAAGGCAAUUGAUGGACCAAAGCCCAACAAAGGUGGAGGACUUGGGGGUUUGUAUGGUGCUGGCACUUCAGGCGGGAGGAAAGGCGCUGGUGGUUAUGGAGCUCAUAGUCAUUCUUUGCCUGGUGCUGCUGUUGGGGGCCAUGUGAUGCCAUCUCCAGUAUCCAGUUUGACUUCAUUGCCAGGUGUAGCUGGUGGCCCAGGGGUGAAUCCUGCUCUGGGGCAGGCCUUGACAGCUAUCCUUGCCUCCCAGGGUGGAGGGUUGGGUCUGAACAACAUCCUGGGAGUUGGUGCAAAUGGUUCAGGGUUGCCUAACCCAGGGGCUUCUGCAGGACUGGGUAGUAGUGGUUUGCCUGGGAUGCCUGGUGCUGGUGGUUAUUUGGGCGGCUAUGGGGGUGGUGGUGGGUAUGGCAGUACUCCACCAGGAGGCCCAGGAAGAAAUUACAUGGGUCAUUAGGAUGCUUAUAACUAUUUUACUGUGGCCAGAUGAUUCUACGUGUUCCUGCUUCGCACUUAUAAACUUGCUGUUUUAAGCUGUUUCUGGCAAAUCGAUUACUCUAGUGGUCAAAGUUUUCACAAGAACUUUGUUUCCUCAAUCCUAUCUUUCAAAAUUAAGCAGUAUGUACAACUAUUUAGAUUUUCGAAUGGCCAUCAGGGCUUGUGACCUUAUUGUAAAAGAGCUUGUGUGGAUUUAAAGAACCAUGGAUCUUUUCUACAUCGUUUUGGCUAAAUAAGUGCAGAUUUUCAGCAUAAGAUCAGGUUACCUUUUAAAUUAUUUAAAUUGACCUGUGAACCCAAUGCAGGUUACCUUUUCA